AUGACCGUACAUAAGCCUGAUCGAGUUGUUGUCAAAACAGGUGAACGUGGAACGCAGGUUACGGUAGCUUUAGCAGUUAACGUACUUGGCAAUUAUAUCCCCCCUAUAUUUGUUUUUUCAAGAGUCCGAUACCAAGAUCAUUUUCUAAGAGGAGUUCCAUUGGAGUUGCCAACAGAUCUGGAUGGAUGCAAGAUGAAGAAUUUUUUUAAUUUCUUAAACAUUGUCAACAUCACACUAAUUGUUCACCUUUCCACAAAAUUAUUAUACUCAUCUCAUACAUCUAUAAAAGCAUUGGAUUAUUGUUAA